CUAAUCAUGUGAUUCAGGUGUGUUGACCCAGGGUGAGAUAAAACCUGCAGGGACACCGGCCCUCGUGGACUGGGAUUGGGGACCCCUGCAGUACAGGGACCAGAGUGACAUAAGGGGCAAAGGGGCUCGGAAAUACAAAACAGACACCGAAACACUCAUAACCAUGAACAAUAGAAGAAAACAGACUAAUAAACAAUAAUACAAAAUCAAAAACAAUGGGCCGCAGGCCCAGGACCGUAACAACAAGUGACUCAAACAGUAUCGCACAUCCUCGCUGCAGGUGUGAAGAAGGAAACCUCAAAUACAAAAUGAUGUAAAUUUAUGAAAAUGUUUUGACAAAGCUUAAAAUCCUACUGUCAGUUCUGUAAAUGUUACAUUUUAAGUUUCAAAUGCGAACAGAAUAUUAAUCCCAUAGAGCAGCAAACAGCCCGGUACAUGUUGUUUCUCCUAAAUUUAAUUCUGUCAUUUGCUGUAAAAAAUAUAUUUUAUUUCGAAGGAUCAACAGAAAAUGAUCAGGUUAUCUUAAGAGGACCAAACUUUUAAUGCAUCAGCAGCUGUGUGUUAUCAGGACUAACCGGAGAUGAAGAUGUUGCUGCCACUCCUGCUCCUCGUACUCGUUUCCCACCAUGCCCUCUCCACAGUGGUGGAGGUGUAUGAGGGGGAAUUAUCUGUCCUGUUGACUUGCAAGUACUCAGGUUUUAUUCCUGAAAACCCCACAGUGCUGUGGACUCGCAAUGAUCUCAACCCCAAAUCUGUCCACCUACAACGAGAAGCAACAGAUGAUCUGAAAGGACAAAACCAGCAUUACAGAGGGCGCACAUCAAUGAGGCCUGAUGCUCUGGACACUUUAGACUUCAGCCUCACUCUGAGAAAACCAACAAAGACUGAUAGCAGCAUCUAUACCUGCUUCUUUGGAAAUGAAAGAAAUGAACUGAAACUGACAGAGAUACAGCUGCAUGUCAAAGGCGAGCAGGUGGAGGUAAAGGUGGAGGAAGGGUCAGAGUCUGUGAUCCUGCCCUGCAAAACAACAUCUGACCUGCCUGAGGGCACCACAGUGGAGUGGACUCACUCUGACCCUGAACUGAUGGUGGCCCAAGUGCAUUCAAACAAUAGUGAUCACCCGAAACAGCUGGACAACCUUUACUGCGGCCGUGGAAAGAUGAACAAAGACCUGCUGAGAACUGGAGACCUCAGUCUGACCCUGAAAUACCCCACAGAGAGAGACAGUGGAGGAUACAUCUGCACCAUCUACAGGGACAAAGACAUCCUGAGACAGAAAGUAGUGCUGCAGGUCAAAGAACGGUUUCCAUCCUGGGCCAAAGCUCUCCUGGUUCUCCUGGUUCUUCUUGUGGUUUCUGGAGGUCUUUUAUUUUAUUUCCGGCAGUAUUUCAUGUCAGUUUACCAGGUGGAGGUGGAUUCAGGGGCGGACUCUAUCUUGCUGCCCUGCAAAGCCACAGUUUGGCUGCCUAAAGAUGCUAAAGUGGAGUGGAAGGACAAGAACAACAGGAAGGUCCACGUGUAUGAGAACGGCUCUGACCAGCCUGAAGAACAGGACGAUAAAUACAAGAACAGAACAAAGAUGAAGAGGAAGGUCCUGGAACCUGGAGACCUCAGUCUGACCCUGAAAUACCCCACAGAUGGAGACAACUCCACCUACACCUGCACCGUCUACAGCAGGGAGGGAAACGUCCUGAUGACGAAACAAGUGGAGCUAAAAGUCAGAGUCCCCCAGGUGGAGGUGGAGGAGGGGGUGGAGUCUGUUCAGCUGCCCCUCAAAACCACACUUCACCUGCCUGAAGAUGUUAUAGUGGAGUGGAAGGACAAACAUGACAGGAAGGUCCACGUAGACCGAACGAAGAUGAAUGAAGACCUGCUGAAAACUGGAGACCUCAGUCUGACCCUGAAAUACCCCACAGACUGGCACACUGACACCUACACCUGCACCGUCUACAGCAGGGAGGGAAACAUCCUGCUGAAGAAACAAGUGAAGCUGAAAGUCAGAGAACGCCUUGCCAACCUCACCAUCAAAGGAACAAUCACGAUGUACAACACCUCUGCCUAUGCGUCAACAGAGACCAGCUUGGAUGCGGCCAAGGACAACUUCUAUAACAGUCUUUGGCUCAUCUUGGACGCAACUCCAAAGACUGACCUCAUCAUUAUUGCUG